AUGCGGUCAGAAUUUUUCGCCUCAAUACCAGAGGAUCUUCAGCCCACGGCUUUUUUGGUGAAAAGCACUGUUCUUGCUUCCAAAGCGGAUGGCACUGUUCGUUCCUACCUUGGAGGUAUUAAGAUAUCGAAAAGUUGGGCUUCCUCCAAUUACGUCUAACGUUUUCCAUCUAAUCCGUUCCAGGUCGCAGUCUUCUUGCAGUGUCUGCUUAAUGAAGCGUAUUCUCCUUCUCCGGUUCUUAAC